AUGUCCUCCACCUUGUCUACAUUGACGGCCGCUCAAAAUUUAGCUUCCGCUUCUAUCCCGGACCCUGACCGACUUGCCCCCGAAGAUGCAUACUACAAGUCUCCGCCGAGGAGACCGCGACAGCGAAGUCCCCUGGGACUGGCUCCCGGAGAUGGUAUCGCUCUGAGCGCACGUAAAAGAAGAGAGAAAGAAAGGGGUCGCAGCACAAAUGGGAGGCGGAAAGCGAACUACAAGAAGUUGCUUUGGUUUAAGCAGCCGUUUCCUGACAACUACACCGACGAAGAAACUUUCCUCGAUCACCUGCAGCGCAACCCUCGCCUCCAGCCGUACGAGUUCUGGUCACUCAUGGCCGACUCAACCGUCAUUGUCCAACAUAUAGCCUCUGUGGCUAUCUUCUGUUGCUGCUUUGUCGCUAUUGCCCAGGAUCGAGUGCCCCCUGUGUCUGUGGUGAGCUGGGCAAGCCUUUGUACCGUGCUUGGAUGGGCAUUAUGGGAUUAUUGGAUGGGACAAGAGGAGGCCGAGGCUGCCAAAGCAACAAGCUCACCGCCAGGUUUCCCACCCUCCGGUUACAACCCUCCAUACGUGGACUCGACGUCGUCACUUUCACCUCGAAAUCAGCAACGGCUCGCUACCGCCAAGUCUGGCCUUCUAAUCUAUGCUGCAGUGCUCGGGCUUAGUCCCAUUCUCAAGUCCCUUACGAGGUCUACAACACCCGACUCCAUUUGGGCAAUCAGCACCUGGCUUCUCUGUAUGAAUGUCGCAUUCUUCGAUUAUGGAGGAGGGACUGGUGCUCACUUACCAGCGUCAAUAUCUACAAACUCGGCCUUGAUGGCAUCAACCGUGCUCGCGUCUCGGUUACCCUCCACCACGCAUGUCUUCUCGCUGACACUCUUCUCCAUCGAGGUGUUUGGCCUCUUCCCCAUAUUUCGUCGACAGCUCCGAUCAAUUUCCUGGCACGGCCAUCUUGCUCUCACCAUCGUACUCGUCAUCAGUGCAUGCGGCGGUGUUUUUGUAACUUUGACAGGUGGCGGCCGAGCUGCAUGCAUUGCGGGAGUGAUUCUCGGGGGCAUUCUCACGUUUUUCGCCAUGGGUAUCUGUAGCUGGUGGUUGAUCGGCUUACAGAAGUACAAAAAUGAGAUCCAUGGCCCGUGGGAUCCAGCAAGGCCAGUCAUCCGGCGGCGCUGGGAUUGA